AUGCUGCACGAAAUUCUCCUGUCCCUGUCGGGCCACCGUUCGCCGCUGCUCCGUCCCGACCAUGCCCCUGCCGGCUCUAUUCACACUCUCUCCACCACACUCUCCCCACCAGAGCGAGCUCUACUUACCGACCUCAGCCGUCUGAGCGAUCUGCAUAUUCGUCUGCGCGCGCAGUCAGCCCGAAUCGUUGCCCAGCAUCCGUCGGUGGUGUGUCGCGCCGUCGGCGCCGCCAUCGAGUCGGUACACCUUGCUGCCUUCCAGCAGGCUGUGCUGUCCACCGAGGCCACCGUUUUACGACGCGAUCCGGCCCUUGUCGGUGCCUACGAUAUCGUGCCGCUGACGGCUGUGGCGGCUGCCUUUGCUGAUUGGCCACGGCGGCUCAACUGGCUCUGGGAACUGGCCCAAUUCGUCCUUCCGGCGGCGGAGCCGUCUUCUGAGCAUCCGUUACCCUCUGGUGCGAAGCUGAUUGACCAUCUGUGUGGCGAGCUUCAGACGGGCUAUGAGGACAUUGAGGCUGCGGCGCGCAGUCUGGUCCACGUGGCUGAGAUGGCCUGGCUCAAACAGGUCUCUGCCUGGAUCCUGUACGGACGGCUGCCCAGCUUCGGCGGCGACGACUUCUUUGUGCAGCAACAGACUGCCGCGGCCGAGGCGCCCUUCACGGCCGGGGAGUACGUCUGCAUCGCGAGACUGCUGCCUUCCUUUGUAACGGCAUCGACGGCCGCUUCCAUGCUCUCCAUCGGCCGGUCGCUCGUCCACAUGCGGGGGGCAGCCGCCGCCGGCCAGCACCGCCUCGACAGCAGAGCAGCAGCUGCCGAUGCGGAGAUGAGCAGCUUCCAGGACUUUCACCUCUCGAGCCAGCUGCAGGAGCUGUCGAGGCUGACGUACCCGCUGGACGGCACCACCUUUUCCCGUGCCGUUGUGCGCAUCCGUGCCGUGCUGUCACGGACCGCACUGCAGCGGCUGCUGCCACCGGCCAAGGUGGUCGAGAUGCUGCAGCUGCUUCGCGACUUUUUCCUUCUCGGCCGCGGCGAGUUUGCCAUGGCACUGGUCGAGCAGGCCGACGCGGCCAUGCGCAGCCGCUGGCAGCAGGUGGGCCAUCUCGUGUCCAACGCGACGACGGCCAGCGGUCUGCGCGGAAUGAACGCGGUCAUGGUCAAGGACGGCGAGGUGGCAGCCGUGCUGUCCCGCACGUGGGCAACGCUGGGCGCCAUGCAGGCCGGAGGACGGCAUGCAAACGUUGACGACGAGGAGGACGAGGACGAGGGGCUGGAGCUGGCCCGCGAGACGCUGCGGCUGUCGAUCUACCGGCCCUCCUCGUCCGACGGGCGGGCAUCCACACCACAGCAGCACAUGCCAGCCAUUGUCUCUACGCCUUUCCGGAACCUGCUGCUUUCCGUUCCCGUUACCCUGACGUUGCAGGUGCCCUAUCCGCUGGACCUUGUGCUCAGCCCGGCCGACCUCCAAGCCUACGCGGCCAUUCAUGCCUACCUCCUGUCCAUCCGUCGCGCACACAUCCGACUGACUGGCCUAUGGAAGCUCUCGUCGUUGAGGCGGCACCACCCACCACCGCCGGGACCGCCAUAUGGAGGCCCCAGUACCAGCAACAGUCUCGCACAUGUGCGAAUGCUUCGUGAUCGCUAUACGACACGGGCAAACGCGCUGCGCAGCAUGUGGGCGACGAGCAGCGCAGCAGUCUUUUUCUUGUCCGUGAUGGAGGGGUACCUGCAGGCGGAGGUGGUGGUGGAGCUCUGGGACGGCUUCCAGCAAUGGCUGGCGGUGGGGAAAGAUGCGCCGCGAGGGGAGGAUUCGGGCCGUGAUCACGGCCAGGAAGACGGUCCAGGCUCCGACGAAGACGACAAGGACGGGGAUGUCUGGAUGGCCGAGGCUGCUGGGGCAUCGAAGCAGAAAGACGCCACGGCGACGUCGCACGACCCGCAGACGCUGGCUACAGCCCACCGGCGAUACCUGCGGCGACUGUUGCGAGGACUGCUGCUGGACCACCACGCCUGGACGGAUGCGCUAUACGUGCUGCUGGUGGCCAUGGACCAGCUGGUAGCACUGGUGCAGCGGCUGCACGCGCUGUGGGCCGCACUGGACCUGGAGGCGGAUGCCGGCGUGGUAGAUGCGUUUGUAGAUCUCGACCGUGAGCAGAACGACGUGAUGGAUGCGCUAUCGGCUGCAGAAGUGGACGUGCGACAGGGCGUGGGCUCGGCAGUGGAGGUGUUGCGGGAUCUCAACGGGGAGGACGACGAUGACACGGAGGAGGAGGAGGACGACGACGACGACGAACCCCUGGACACAUCCCUCGGAGCAGAUCGGUCAGGACUGGGCCUACGGGCAGUUGGGACGUACGUGCCGCGACGAAUCGGCGGCCUCGACCGGCUGCUCAUGAAGAUGGAUUUUGGCAGCUGGGCGGCGGACAAGCAUCCGCAGGCGGCGGGCCAUUACGGGAGCUGA